UCCAUCAUCCCAUUGAAAGAAAGGCACCAUUGAACAGAGAAAGUAGUUUCAUUCAAUGGCAAUGCCUUGUGUCUUUAUGCUGAAUUGCUGACACAAAAGUGUUUGAUUACUACUCAUUACCUUUUGAUUACUUAAACCCACAAUGAAAAGCAGCCAAAGGCUCUCCCAACCCAAGAUCAACUCUUUAUAAUAAGUGCAAAGAAACAAUUUCCAUUAAUUGCACAAACAAUACAUCUUCUCACAAGUUUGGUUAAUUUUCAUGUCUCUUUUUCUCUUUCUGAUUCUGCUUUCUUUUGGAUUCAUUCAUGAUCACAAUGAAGAAGAACACCGCCACUACUACUACUAUUGAACUUUGAAUUCUCUCUAUUUUCUUUGUUUUUCUUUAGACUCAAAUAAAAGCAAAGAAGAAAAAAAAAAAAAAUCACUUUCCCGCCUUUUCUCACCCGAUUCUUGGGAAUCAAUCACUUUUCUCAACUGGGUUUUGGUUUCUUUCCAUGAAUUUUCCAAUUCCUCUUCAGUUUCUCACUUUCUGAAGCUUCAUUUCUUCAAGUUCAGUAGAUUUUCUGGCUUUUGCUCGGUUGUUGUUUAGUACCAGAUGUGAUUGGAAAGAAAUCAGUUUAUUGUUUGAGAUUUAUUCAAGAUUUUCUUGAUUUUCUUGAUUCAGAAAAGGUGGGUCUUUUCCAGAUUCUACAAAUUUAUGCUGAUUAGAAAAAGUGUAUUCUGAUUCCAGUAAAUGAUUCUGAAUUCAAUGCCUUUUUGAGUCAUUGUAAAUCCUCACUCUUUUUUUCUCUCUCAUCACUUGGAAUUCUUGAAUCAAUUCAAUAGAUACAAAUCCUCAACUCAAACUGAAUUGAGAAUUGCAAUCUUGAAGGUGUGAGACUUCUUGUGUGAGGGACAUGGAAACUCUGCGUCCCUCUUCGUAUUUUCCGAAUUUGAAUCUAUGGAUGCAAGCAAGCAGGAUUGCAAUUUGGACUAAAGAAGAGAACAAAAGGUUCGAAGAAGCUUUGGCGAUAUUCGAUGAGCAAUCGCCUGACCGGUGGUUUCAAGUGGCGGCUUUGAUUCCUGGAAAGUCGGCUUCUGAUGUUUGGAGGCAUUACAAGGAAUUGGAAGCAGAUGUUAGUGAUAUAGAAGCCGGUUUGGUUCCAAUUCCCGGGUACUUGACCUCAUCUUUCACAUUGGAAAUGGUGGAUAGUCGCGGUUUUGAUGAGUUUAGGAAGAGAAAUUUGAUGGGUCGAGGUUCGGAUCAGGAGAGGAAGAAAGGGGUGCCAUGGACAGAAGAUGAGCACAGGCGAUUUUUGAUGGGGCUUCAAAAGCACGGUAGGGGGGACUGGAGAAACAUUUCUCGGAAUUUUGUGAUCACCAAGACACCAACUCAAGUGGCAAGUCAUGCCCAGAAGUACUUCAUGAGGCAGAAUUCAGGAGGGAAAGAUAAAAGGCGGCCGAGCAUCCACGAUAUUACCACCGUCCAUCUCACAGACACUUGUCAAUCGAUCAAUAGUGAACCUUCUUCACAUAACAGUCUUGGGACACCGAAAAUAGUGCUUAAUUGGAGUCAAUCCAAUGAUGGGGCUGUGAUGGUUUUUGACUCAAGUCAUGAUAACUCAUUCAUGCAGUACCCGUAUGAGAUUGCAUCACACGGUCUCAAUUCAAUGUUUCAUAUCCAAUCUACAGGAUAUUAAGUUUCAAACGCAAUUCUAGUGAAGUAGAAAUGGAAUCAUAGUGCUAGUGUCAUAGUGUUAUGUACUUAUAAUGGUAAAAAUGAGUUGUACCAUGUAAUCCUUCAACUUUGAGUCUUUAAAUUUCAUGUCACACUUCAAUUUCUAAAUGAAAAUGACUCUAGAAUGUGUCUUUGUAUAUGCACUUCUCUUUCAAGAUU